UUGCUCUUGGGUCAGAUGGCUUCAUUCGCAUUUCUCCAGAACUUUUCUAUCGCCGCCCACGUCUCCGGGCAGGAACCCUAGCCGCCGCCGGACCCUGCCGGAUCUCGCGGCUCCCUCCUUGGAUUCCUUUCUUGUCGUUUGAGGUGUUUUUGCUGGUAAUUGAAACAAGCAUAAAAGCAUAUGAAAGAAAGAAAUGGUGCCAUUCAGAAAUCCUUCAGAGCUCCUCACUCCACAUUUCGUGAUUGGUAGUCAAGAAUGAGGAAUGUGUCUUACAGCUGUUUGAACCAAUGAUACCUGAUCAGCUCAAGCUUUUCUAUCUGUAGCUUUAUAUAAAAUGAUGCUUGUAUUAUUCAAUUUUGUCCUAUAUUUUAUCAAGUUUUUUAAUUAGCAUUCUCUCCUUUUUUUUUUUUUGUUGUCUUGUAUGUUAUGAUGGACUUUGUUAGUAAUGUCCAUGUUUUGUCUUUUAUUCUUUCAAGAGGUUUUUAUAUUCAGAUUAAUUUACCAUUCUGUGUCCCUGGUUUAAUUUGGCCAUUGUGUUUCCAGCUGCCAUUUCAUCAGGGAGCUUGAAUGCUUUAUGUGUUGGUGGAUGUUGAAUGACCAUUUCUAUGGAUUUAAAUGCAUCACCUCUGCCUGAAGAAGAUGAACAACCUCUUGAAGAACCGGUUGGGGAGGAUAUCAUUGAGGGAGGACACAUUGAAUCUUCUGUGGAAACCUUUCGCAGAGAACGUGAAGAAAGACGCCGUCGCCUGAAAAGAGAAAACCAAGAUGAAGGACAAAAACGUUCUUUCCAUCAAUCCAGGAAUGAUUUUACACCUCAAAAUAGAAACUUUAAUUCCUAUAGAAGAGUGAAGCAGCUACCUCAGGGUUGGUUAGAUUGUCCUUCGGCUGGUCAGUGUAUAGGUCUUAUUAUUCCUUCUAAAGUUCCUCUAGAUGAGACUUAUAAUGAAACUGUGCCACCUGGGAAAAGGUACUCUUCAAAACAGGUCAUCCACAACCAAAGGAAAGCAGGGCGUGAUCUUGGUUUGGUUGUGGAUCUUACCAAUACUAGUCGUUACUAUUCACCAUCAGAAUGGAUAAAGCAAGGGAUUAAACAUGUGAAGGUUAUGCAGUUCUUAUCACGCCAAAAGCAUUCAAAGAAGUAUGUUCUUGUCCACUGCACUCAUGGGCAUAAUCGUACAGGGUUUAUGAUAGUACAUUUCCUCAUGCGGACACAGCUCUUACAUGUGGCUGAUGCAUUACAUACGUUUUCACAAGCACGCCCUCCAGGAAUAUAUAAGCAGGACUAUAUUGAAGCUUUAUACACAUUUUAUCAUGAAAACCCCGAAAACUGGAUCUGCCCUUCCACCCCGGAGUGGAAAAGGCCUUCUGACCUUGAUCUGAAUGGUGAAGCUGUACAAGAUGAUGAUGAUGAUGCUGAUACUGCAGGUCAUUUGCACGUGGAUACGGAAAAUAAAGAUAUUACAAAUGAUGAUGUUCUGGGGGAUGCAAUUCCAUAUGACCAACAAGAUGCCAUGCGCCAAUAUUGUUACCAGUUACUUGAUUUGGCUUCUUCAGGAAGGGGUAAUGCGCAUUUUCCAGGAUCUCACCCUGUGUCACUCAACAGGGAUAAUUUGCAACUAUUACGGCAACGUUACUACUAUGCAACGUGGAAAGCAGAUGGGACUAGAUAUAUGAUGCUUAUUACCAUGCAUGGUUGUUAUCUAAUUGAUCGAAACUUUUGCUUUCGAAGGGUUCAGAUGCGGUUUCCUCUGAAGAGUUCAACCACAAGUGAGGGUUUCCAUAACUUGACUCUGAUUGAUGGGGAAAUGAUUAUCGACACAAUUCCUGGUUUAGGGUUGAAGAGAAGAUAUCUGGCAUAUGAUCUAAUGGCCCUUAAUUCACACUCUGUUGGAAAGUUACCCUUCUCUGAACGUUGGAAGUUACUUGAGGAAGAAAUAAUUCGACCCCGAAAUCUUGAGAAAAAACAGUUUGAGUGUGACAGCAGAGUCAACCCCUUGUACAAAUAUGAUAUGGAACCAUUUGGAGUUAGAAGAAAGGAUUUUUGGUUGCUAUCAACUGUUACAAAGCUUGUAAGGGAGUUCAUUCCAAGGCUUUCACAUGCAGCUGAUGGCCUCAUUUUUCAGGGUUGGGAUGAUCCAUAUGUGCCACGUACUCAUCAAGGUCUUCUAAAAUGGAAAUAUCCGGAAAUGAACUCAGUUGACUUUCUGUUUGAGGUUGGAAGUGAUAAUCGUGAGUUGCUUUUUCUUUUUGAGAGAGGGAGAAAGAAGCUUAUGGAUGGGGCUCGAGUUAUAUUUAAAGAGGAAGAGGACGCAGCUUCUUUAUCCGGAAAGGUUAUUGAGUGCUCAUGGGAUCCAGAAGAGGGGUGCUGGAACUGUAUGCGCGUCAGGGUGGAUAAAUCAACCCCAAAUGAUAUCAACACAUACCGUAAGGUAAUGAGGAGUAUCACUGACAAUAUUACUGAAGAAGUGCUGCUAAAUGAGAUCGGGGAGAUAAUUGGCCUCCCAAUGUAUGCUGACAGGAUAGCAAAAGCACACCAACAACAACAACAUCAGCGCAGGAGAUGAGCUCUUGAAAUACUCUUGCAGUUAUUUUCUCUUGAAGGAAUUACUGGCAAGUAGUCUGGCUUUUGAUUGUUGUUCGAGGCUUACUAUAGGCCAGUAUAGGUGCUUAAGUUUUCUCUGUAAUUACUAUUAACCAAUGGGCGGUAGUAGCUUGGCUUAUAGAGUUCAUUUAUCUCUAUUCUAGCCGCCACCAUGUGUAUUUAUUUAUUUCCAUGUAAAUUAGCAGUUAGUAAUAAAGAUAUUCAGAAAAAGGACAUUGGCUUCA